AUCCUUCUCUUUAUUGUGUCUGCACAACACACAAGUUGUUGAUGAUGCAGCUAGCUCAGUCAAUAGUCUAAGCAGUGGAGUGAGACCCCCCACAAGCUAUACAGACAAACACACAUGCUCUCUGGGUUUCUCUCAAAUAUUGACUAUAAUAAUAUGAGUGAGUGAGGAUCAACAUUCCAUUCCUUCUCUUGGAUAGCAGAGAGUGAAGAGCAAAAUGGGGUCAAUAGUUGUUCAUUUGGUCACUACAAAUCUGCCUCUUUUAUGCAUUCUCUGUUUCUUUCCCUCUAUUUUCUUCACAACCACUGGAUUCGCGGCCACACCCAAGCUCCAUUCUGAUGAAGUGAAGGCAUUGAAAGAGAUUGGGAUGCGAUUGGGAAAGACAGAUUGGGAUUUCGGCAAGGAUCCGUGUAGUGGAGAAGGGAAUUGGAGCAUUCCUAUCUCCACAAAGGGAAUCGAAACCUCUGUUACUUGCGAUUGCUCUUUCAACCACAAUACCUCCUGUCACGUCAUAACCAUAGCUUUGAAAGCCCAAAAUCUAUCGGGAGGUGUUCCACCUGAGUUUUCCAGACUUCGCCACCUAACGACAUUAGACCUCAGUCGUAACUGCCUCAACGGUACUAUACCUCCCCAGUGGGCUACCAUGCGCUUGGUUCAACUCUCGUUAAUGGGAAACCGAUUGUCUGGUCCAUUUCCAAAAGUUCUCACCAGCAUUAACACCCUCGCAAACUUGAGUAUUGAAGGGAACCACUUCUCAGGUCCCAUUCCUCAAGAGAUUGAAAAAUUGAUCAAUUUACAAAAGCUUACUCUAUCAUCAAAUUCUUUUACUGGAGAAUUGCCAGCGGCACUUGGCAAGCUGGUCAGCUUGACUGAUAUGAGGAUAAGUGACAAUAAUUUCACCGGAAAGGUACCUGAUUUUAUUGGGAAUUGGACAAAGAUUGAGAAACUGCACAUGCAAGGUUGUUCACUUGAGGGGCCCAUUCCUUCUAGCAUUUCUGCCUUGACAAGCUUAAGUGAUCUGAGGAUUAGUGACUUAAAAGGCAGAGGGUCCAGUUUUCCACCAUUGAGUGAUAUGCAUUCGAUAAAGGCAUUGACACUAAGGAAAUGCUCACUUUAUGGAGAGAUCCCUGGAUAUAUUGGGGAUUUGACUAAACUGAAAAAUCUAGACCUCAGUUUUAAUGAAUUGACUGGUGAAAUUCCGGCGACAUUUGUCCAACUGGCGAAAGUAGAUUUCAUGUAUUUGACAGGAAACAAACUUAAUGGACAAUUACCUGAAUGGAUCCUAUCAAGAAACAAGAAUGUGGAUAUUUCUUUUAAUAAUUUCACCUGGGAAAGCUCAAGUCCCGUUGAAUGUCCUAGAGGGAGUGUAAACUUAUUGGAGAGCUUCUCCCCAUCAACCGCCAAAUUAAGUAGAGUUCAUCCAUGCCUAAAGAAAAACUUCCCAUGUUCUGCUCCGAGUGACCAGCAUCGUUAUUCCUUGCAUAUCAACUGUGGUGGCAAGGAAACUAUUAUCAAUAAUAACACCAAGUAUGAAGCUGAUUUAGAAGAAAGAGGUGCUUCAAUGUUUUACUCGGGACAGAACUGGGCAUUUAGCAGCACUGGAAACUUCAUGGACAAUGAUGUUGAUGCCGAUCGCUAUAUUAAUACCAACACUUCUGCUCUAUAUAAUGUCUCUGCUCCCAAUUCAGAACUGUAUACAACAGCCCGAGUAUCUCCCCUCUCUCUCACUUACUAUGGACUCUGUCUUAUGAAUGGGAAUUACACUGUCAAACUCCACUUCGCCGAGAUUGUUUACACAAACGACAAUUCAUUUAGCAGCCUUGGGAAGCGCAUAUUUGAUAUCUACAUCCAGGAGAAAUUGGUACUGAAGGAUUUUAAUAUUGAAGAUGAGGCUGGUGGGACUAGUAAGCCCAUAGUAAAGACUUUUACUGCAGCUGUCACAAGCCACACGCUGAAGAUCCACUUUUACUGGGCUGGAAGAGGGACAACAGGCAUUCCAGUUAGAGGAGUUUAUGGUCCUCUUAUAUCGGCUAUAUCAGUGGAUCCUAACUUCAGAACCCCUUCAAUUCAUAGAAGAAAGAUACAUGCCCCAGUGGUGGUUGGUAUUGUGGCCGGAGCAGUACUUAUUGUCCUUCUGAUCCUAGGCAUUUUGUGGAGGAAGGGCUGGUUGGGAGGCAAACUAUCUGCAGAUAAAGAGUUCAGAGGCCUAGAUCUACAAACAGGGUUAUUUACAUUAAGACAAAUUAAAGCAGCAACCAAAAACUUUGAUGCAGCAAACAAGAUUGGGGAGGGUGGUUUCGGUUCAGUUUACAAGGGUCUCCUAUCAGAUGGAACAGUAAUUGCCGUGAAGCAACUCUCCUCAAAGUCUAAGCAAGGAAACCGUGAAUUUGUGAAUGAAAUUGGAAUGAUUUCUGCAUUGCAACAUCCAAAUCUCGUUAAGUUAUACGGUUGUUGUGUUGAAGGAAACCAAUUAUUGCUGAUUUACGAGUAUAUGGAAAAUAAUUGUCUAUCGCGUGCUCUAUUUGGUCGAGAUGCAACAAGCAAAUUGAAACUAGACUGGUUUACCAGGCAGAAAAUUUGUGUAGGCAUAGCCAGAGGCUUGACCUACCUCCAUGAAGAGUCGAGACUGAAGAUAGUGCACAGAGAUAUUAAGACUAGUAAUGUAUUGCUUGAUAAGGAUCUCAAUGCUAAAAUAUCAGAUUUUGGCUUGGCAAAGCUCAAUGAAGAUGGCAAAACCCACAUCAGCACUCGGGUUGCUGGAACAAUUGGAUAUAUGGCUCCUGAGUAUGCAAUGCGUGGUUAUUUAACAGACAAAGCAGAUGUAUAUAGCUUUGGAGUAGUUGCAUUGGAAAUCGUUAGUGGAAAAUCCAAUACAAACUACAGGCCUAAGGAAGACUUUGUUUACCUUCUUGACUGGGCCUAUGUUCUGCAGGAGAGAGGGAGUCUGCUGGAGUUGGUUGAUCCAGACUUGGGAUCAGAAUACUCAUCAGAGGAGGCAAUGGUGAUGCUUAAUGUGGCCCUUUUGUGCACCAAUGCAUCUCCCACCCUUAGGCCUACAAUGUCUCAAGCAGUGAGCAUGCUUGAAGGUCGAACUGCUGUUCAAGACCUACUUUGUGACCCAGGGUUUUCAAUUAUUGACUCCAAAUUUAAGACCAUAAGAAAUCACUUCUGGCAAACCCAAACCCAAAGCAUGUCAACCAAUGGUCCAUGUACUGAUUCCUCGCUUUCAAAUAUAGAUAGGGAAGAGAUUGACAAACUUAUAGGAGUUAGUUCAGUUGUAUCUGUUGAGUAAAUGAAUCUACCAACAAGUGAUGUGUAUAUUGUAGUAGCAAAAAUGCAACUUAUUAGAUAUUGUAUAAGCCAUUCCAAAUAACAAUAAGAAUAAUAUAGGGUUAAUUAUCUUUUC